AUAUCGGUCUCUAUGCAAAAGGCGACAAAAAUCACACCACAUGUACAAUGGAUCUGGAUGUCUAAACACACAUUCACACUUUGUUAAAAAAAAUAUUUUUUAGUGGCUCACGGUAGCGGGUUUAUUUCUCUCUUUAUUUCCUUCGCACAAUGGCUAAAACCACUCUUUACAAAUACAUUGAAAUUGACUAAACCUAUGUUAUAAAAGGGCGUAACAUCGGCACGAGAAGGCAGAUAGCAUAGAAAGAAAACGGUUGAGAUCAGAAGCAACGCCUUGGAAUUAUUGGGAUUAAUUUCCCGACGCCUUGUGUUCAACGCGACUGAAAUCGACACACGAGAACGAGGCCAACUGGUUUCCCCCAACUCUUCCGUGACUGACAGACAACCCGGGUCGAAGAUGGAGUGCACGGAGGCCUAUAGACGGCGAAUUAUCCCAGUAAUAUCGGCCAGAAACCGACAAAAAUCGACAUGGGUGUUGUAGAAGAACUCCUUCAUACGCAGUAUGCCUACACACGACAUAGCAUAUCAGCAACGCUUGAAAAUUCGCCGAACUACACUAGGGUUCGGUGUGGUUCAAGUCAUACUAGGGCUGUCGUUAACUGGCCUGUCCUUCGCUGCGUUUGCUCUGUCUGAAUCAGAUCGCAUUCGCAAUGCCUGCCCUUACUGGGCCGGUUUUACAGUUUUCUUUAGUGGCGGUGUUGGAAUCGUUGCUUGGCGGCACUCGACAAUUUUAUCGAUGGGUCUGUUUACAUUUUUCUCGGCAGUCUGUGUGGUUCUUCACAUGAUUGGAACAAUACUUACAGGGGAGGUUGGUGGGCUGCUCAAGUCUGUCUUAGAGUGUCAGUUCUCUGAGGUUGACCAGUCGUGCAUAUGCUGCGACAGUAUAAUGACCUGCAAGCAGAGUGUACCAUCAUACAAAUUUGAAGGGGUGGAUGACUGCGACAUUCUCACAGGGCUACUCAAGGAGCUGAUGUAUGGGCUGUGUGUGCUGAAUAUCUUUGGCUCGCUUGUCUGCUUCAUUGCUACCAUCCUUGGAUGUACUUCUGUAGCGAGACAAGCAGGAAGAGACCAGCCAUUGUUUCGCCGUCGCUUUUCUACACGUUCCUCAAGCCACGAACAGACGCAAUACUCCUGGCUGCCCUACCCUACCGACCUCAACAUGCUGCCUCCCUACGCACCACCAGUCUAUAGAUCAGUGGACAACUUCCAAGACUUCGGUGCUACUUCCUACAUUGUCCCACCCCCAGUCUUUGACCCGACAGACCUCCCCCCACCCUACUCCUCAAGGGAUGCAUCUAUGACAGGAUCAAGGCUGUCUAUGACCACUAGCUGUGAACAUAACCGGAACCUAGGAGACGAUGAGGAGAGAGUAAGAGGGGAGAGUGCUUAUGUGACCGCACCCAAUCAACAGGACCAAACUUUAGAGCAACAUUUACUACCCACCAAUAAUAAUAACAACACUGCACAAAUAAGCGCUGCUGUGUUGACCGAUGGAAGCAUGAGGGAGAACACUUCUUAUGAAUCCUGCCAUACCAUAAGUGGACAAGAUGCAGCAAGAUCAGCACCACCAAACAAUAACCAAGACUAUUCUGCCCUUAUGCAGUUAGACACUACUUCAGGAUCAAACGAUGCUACACCGGUCACCCUUGCUAGUGCCAAUAUGUCCACUCUAACAGAGUCUUCCCAUUCACCUCAACAUUCACAAAGAAUAGAAAGGAACUCUGUUAUUUUCUCUGAUGAGGAAAAAUCUACUUUUUUCUUUAAUGAUAACAAACGCCUUCAAAUCACAAACGCUUCUGAAAAUUGCCAAAACACGGACGCAAGAAAACAUUGCGAAAAGGAUUUAGAUGCAAAAGAUAUUGAUAGUAAUACCGCAAAUAGCGGUAAUAGUAUCGAAAAUAUAUUUGUUGGAAACCAAUUAGAAACGAGUGCUAUGAAUGGCUCGGUUUUACGAGUCUUGCCAGGACAAUUUACGGAUAUUAAUCAAGACAAUACAGAAUUUACGAGAUGUAAAAAUAACCUGACUCAAGCGGCUACGGAGGGAAUGAGUGAAUUACUUAAUAAAGCAUCAAGUGAACUUAAGCCCAAUAUGCAAACGGAUUAUUCUAUUGAUGUCGUGUUUGCACCGCCAGAACAAUCGACAGCUAUCAGUUUGGAUGAGGUGGAACUCGCCACAGUGCAUUCUAAUGGGGACGAUAACGCGUGUGAAUCCGACACUCUCGUAUGCGUCGGUCCGCAUUUUCGAGAUACAACAGACGUAUACGAAGCUUGUAACGCGUCCGGACAAAGCUCUGACGUGAUGUCCGAUUCUAUGUCCCAUAGUGGUUCGGACAGUGAGUCUAAAGUUGUAAUCACUGGCGAUUGCACUCUAGCAAGGUUCGACAGUUCAUUUCUUACGAUGGAUUCCAAAAUGAGAGAAUUCCCCACUUUGUUUGGCAAGUUUAAUAUGGAAGCUAAGGUUCGGACCUCUGUUGAGAAUAAAAACGUCAGACUCCAGGAAAAGGGAGAGACUCAGUGUCAGGAUCCAGUCGCAUUUAAGAAGGGUAUUAAAUUUAUUGAACAUGGCAAUGAAUCAAAGGUGUUGGCAAGGAACCGAAGGUUUGCUAGGACGACUGGUGUUUUUCUAGAAAAUCGGACAAUUCCACCACCAAAUAUAGAGCUUCCACUGGAAAUAAGAGAAGUGGGUUAUGGUUUCCUGGACAAGCCAGGAAAUAAAAGCAAUAUAGAAGACCGUCGCAAAAAGAGGGUUUCGUCAGGCCAUACUAAAGAUCCGAAAGGAAAAAAUAUUAGACCUCGUAGCCGUCCCAAAGAUAUCGAAAAAUACCCUUCAAAGCUGGCGACGAAUCGCAACCGUAGAACAAAGAGUAGACAAUCGAUAGGUAGAACUGCUAUAAAUAGUAAUGCUACGGUUAUCAGUACCGACUUGAUUCAGCCAAUGAGAAGGGAUGUUAUCGGAACCAUAGACAGGGGUGAAGCUUACAGGGCGGGUCUGGCGAGAGCGCACAUGAGAUCUAAGCCCUCUCCGGCACACAUUGACUCCCGGGACAUUCGAUCGUGUGUCGUUAACAAGGAGGGUGUACCGUCGGUGACAGAUAACAGAAGAUUGGUGGAGUCGAAUAGGCUUGCAUCGAAUCGUGGCUGGGAGACAGUAGUAUAACAGGACCAUAGGAGCUUAUUUAAGAAGGUAGGGGUGGUGGGGAGUUGGGCUUGUCACUUGUAUAUAGGAAUGAGGAAAAUUGGGAUACUCGUGAUGACUGUGGAAUCCGUUGUAUCGCGACCCGCGUUUUCUAAACAGGAUUUGUUUUGGUGUUCUGUUCCGUCAGUAAAACCAUUCUGAGCCAAUCAGAGUCUCGCUUUGUGCACUUUCCUGGCUAUCCUCUGGAUGAAAACCAGACAGUGUCGCGACAGAAAACCAGGCAACAACACUAGGCGAGAGAUGGCAAAAAACUGAUUGCCUUAGAAUAAUUUGACUGGCGGACAGAAAAUCCCAAAAGGCAAAAACAAAUAGAUGUUUUGAAAAUGCGGCGUCGCGAUACAACGGAUCCGACAGUAAUAUAACUUUACUCUAAGACUGUUGAAGUGCCCCCCCCUCCCUCCCUCCACCUAAUUGAAGUCUAGAUACAAAAUUGUAAUAGUAUGGAUCUAGUAAAAUUAGAGAACUAAGGAGUAUAUAGUGUCUUGAAAAGACGCUCAAAUUUAAAGUAUUAAGAGUAUAAUUAUUAAUUGUAUGGUAUAAUUGCAUUAGUUAUUGGGGUAAAAAUAGCAAGUAAGAAGUGGGAUGUUUCUCAACAUUUUACAGUUGAUAUUCAUUUUACUACCAAACACUCGAGCUGUUACUGUUAUCGUUGAGUUGUGGAUUUUACUGUUGUCGUUUUCUUGAUAUACGGUACAAACUGUUUCUAAAAUGCUCAUACAGAAAGCACAGAUGAGCGUAUGUUUGUCCCCGUUUCCAUUUUUUCUCUUCUUCCUUUUCAAAUGCAAAUCGUUACCGUUAUUGUAUUAGAUAUACUCAUUCUAUGGCACCUCGGUAUCUCAGAUAUACGCAUUCUAUGGUACCCCAGUCCUCAAUAUGUCUUCUAGGGUAUGUACAAAUUAAGUGAUAAAAAUAUAUCGUCAAGUAGUAUAUCAAAUUAAAAAAUGUAAAAACAAAUAUGUCUUAGACUUUUCGUUGUCAAGCGUUUACAAUAUAACCAGUUAUUACAACCCUUAUCAAACGACGGGAAAAAGUAUAUCUUUGAUUUGGCGCGCGUGCAAAAAGUUGGCUUAGAAAAUUCGAAAUAAAAAUGUAGUGAAAGUUGAA